AUGUCACUUUUAUUUCUGCCAGAAAACUUGCACUUGCUUGCAGAUGAUAAUCUAAGCCAUGACAACAACAACAACUUCUUUGAAAAAAAACAAGAAGCAUCUCAAGAACCAGAAGAAGACUUACCAUUACCUACCACCCCCAUUGACAUCAUUUUUGAUCCAUUAAAGCAUCAAACCCAAUCUGAAAAUCGAGGACUGUGCACAGAUGAUAAGAUUUAUUAUAUUGAAAAGGAAUGGACAAGCAUUCCCCUCUGUAUCUCAGAUUAUGUAUCAUCAAAAGAAAGCAAGACUCAACAAGAUGCAAAACUAGGCAAUAGUGAUCUUGAUUCAUAUGCAAUUCCUCAAGUUUUUCUCAAAUUGAUCAACAGAGAAAUAACCAACAAAGAAGUUGAAAUUAAUGAGGAAUCAUAUCUUAACAAAAAAUUGUGGAUUGCUUUUGGAAAAUGGAUAGGCUUUAAGGAACCAAUUGGACCAAGGGAAACCAUCACAAAGAAGGCCAAUCUGAUUAUCAAAGCACAAAAGGAUUUCAGUUCACUGGAUGGGUUGAAGAAACUUCAUUAUGUUGUGAAACCUGAGUGCAUUACAGAUCUGGAUGGAAAAACCUUAAUACAUCUCGAGUAA